ACGCUAUAGGCUCCACACGAAUAUAAUAAAACGCAAUAGCAUAACAGAGAAUUGAAAUUGAAUUAAAAAAAAAAAAAAAAACGCAUGCAAACGAAAUAUCGAAAAAUGUACCUUCUCGUAAGACAGACGAUCACGAAAGUACUUUUUCUGUCUUGCAUAUCCGGUACUCUGGGCCAACAACUGAACUACACGCAAAUUUUCGAGAAGAGAUUGCUUUCCCAACUGAAUCCAAACUCGGGUAAGAUCGAUACGAUCGAACAACCAUGGCGAGCCGUGAAAUUCCAGUCUUCCUUCACCCCCUCGGCAACGGUAUUGCAAGAUCUAUCUGCAUAUCUUCCCGAGGACGAUUACGACCUAAAAGAUGGCUUGGCGAGUGAUCGGGAAUUCUCGGACUUCCAGAGGGACGACAGAAACUUACUUCCGGAAUAUCGGAGCCUCUGCCAGACCAAAACUAAGAAAGUCCAACUCAGCGAUUCGCAGUACGAAUACCAACCGCCACACUAUCACGAGGUCUUCUGUAAAGCCUAUUCCUUAAUCGAACGAGUCCAGGCUCUAGCCAGACCUUCACAGCAGAUGUGCGCACAUCCGAGCUUCCACUGUGUUCAAAGAAGCAAGACCCUGUUCACGGUAAGACGACGUUGGGAAAGCGACUGCUGGGAGUCUCACACGAUGCAGGUGGCAAGCGGAUGCGAAUGCAUGUGGCCAGUUUCAACCCUGGGCGAUAUAACCGAACACUAUUAACGAUUAUAAUGGCAAUGAAGAUGAAAGUGGCUUGAUGACACAAUUACGGAUUUACAGAUAAAAGACGGAAGCGAUAUAUCCGUGUCUAAUUAUUUCUUUGCCAACCUUGCGCGACACCUGAAAUUGCAAGCUUACAAUGUCGAUGUAGAUGACUGCGAUCGAUGUAGCUACUGCAACAAGGAUAGCUUGAUAAAAAAAAAUCACUUUGUCGAAUCACUGAAAGCCAAUGUAAUGUAUAUCAGCA